GUGUACUGUUUCUGCUCUCAAUGCAGUCAAAUCUCUAUUCUGAAGAUUCCUUAUUCGGUUAUUGGAAUGAGUUCGACGGAGGCCCAGGCCACUAUCCUUUUUCGCCGCAAAUUCCACCGCAGCCUAUAAUAGGAAACCAAUUUGAAAAUUUUACCCUAUUGCCACCGCCACCAACAGGAAUAGCAUGCCCGGCAGGCUUAAUGGUGCCAACUGCAUGUCCGAACCCGUUAAUGGGACCAGUUCCACGUACCUAUGCACGGUUUCCCCCAGCUUUGCCAGUGCCACAAUGUGGACCUCCACAUCAACAGCUUCCAGCUAUUAGUCUAUCAUCGCCACAUUUCACCACCUUUCAACCACAUCCGCCUCAACAAUAUCCAAUAAUUGCACCACCAGUUGUUCCAGGACCGUUGACUGUUGAUGGGGUUGAGCGAACUCAUCUCAACGAUAAUGGUCAAGUGGAACAAGUAGUGGUUAAAAAUGGCCAAGUGUUUCAUAUAAGCUUUCUAGACGAACCGACUGAGGCAGCCGUUUCUGUCCCUCCGACGCCGAACAGUGAGGAUACGGAAAGCGAGGAAAGUCAGUCCAGAGAUUGGAUCAACUACGACGAGUUACCAUUGUUACAGAAUGUCUGCGGAGGCGAAACGGAAAAUGGCACAUACAAGUGCGGUAUUUGCGGGAAAGAAUUAAAAUCAGCGCUAAAUUUAUAUGUUCACGAACAAGUGCAUAAAUCCACGCGGUUGGAUUGUAAGACUUGUGGAAAACGAUUCAAUAGAAUUGGAAAAUUAGAGCACCACACUCGCAGACACCAUCCGGAAACGUUACCCGAAGAGUCUCCUGCAGCAUGUGGUAAAGACAGUCCAAGUACGCCAGUUUUGAGUGAUUUUAGCAACUAUUGUGUUGAAUGUGAGGAAUUUUUCAACAGUUCGGAUGAAUUGCAGAACCACAUGGAGAUAAACCAUCGGCUUAUUGACGAUUCGCAAUGCUCCAAAAUCUCGUUGAAGAAAUCGGUCGGUUGCCCGUACUGCAAUGAAUCCUUUGAAUGGCCUUGCCUACUAAAAACGCACAUGACAAAACAUACUGGCGAGAAACCAUUCAUCUGCGAGCGAUGCAAUGUAUCGUUCAGGUUUGUGCAGAGUUUCUAUCGCCAUAAUAGACGGGUUCAUGGACGUGAAAAAUAAAAAAAAACAGAUUGCAGCAGAAUAUCAGAGUCUACAGCUGAACAAUUCUGAUUGAAUCGCAUUACUUCAGUAAGCAGCAAUUAAUAGUUUUCCAAACGUAAGUACAGAGUCCCAUUAGUAGCCUCAAAAAGGUUAGCCACUAGAUUUAUAAGAACAAAAUGAUUAUUACGAAAUUCUUUAAAUGAGAUUUAACAGUCAUAUUAUGACGCACAUACUUAAUCAAAACAAAGCAUGAUAUUACCUGUUUGCACAAAAGGGCAUUACGGAAACAAGCAAUUCGACAUUUUUGACAUUUAGUUUAUAAAAACAUAAUUAGUUUCUAUAUCAUACAGCUGUGGAAAUUCUACUCAUAGUAAAUAUUUUCGAAUACAUUUUAUCUUAAACCCAAUCUGUGUUACCGUGGUAUACUUUACUUAGGAAUAGUCAAUUUAGUUCAGUGAAAUAUUUUAAAUAAUUGACGAUAUUUUAAGUUAUUGUCAGCAGGGAAAAUAUAAUAGAAUAGCACAUUUCUGUUUCAUAAGUAUUGUCGCUCAAAGCACUCAAAUUUGAAGUCCAAUAACGUGAAAAAUCUGAUCAACUGUGUG